CAAUUCUUCCCUUCGUGAUCGCGCCGCCGUACCCCUUUGUCCUCCGCCGCUUCGACCUGUCUCCUUCUCCGCCGUCCCUGUCGGCCACCGGCUCUCUCUCUCCCUCCGUUUCUUCUCUCUCGCUUCCCUGAUUCCUGAGCUCCAUCCGCCGCACCCUGCCCUAAAACCAGUAGCCGGUGAGUACUUUGUGGGUAAUUCCAUUAUUUGAUUCGUUCAACUUCGUUUCAAUCAGGAUGCCGCAACAAAAUUCGGCAAUCGGUCUUUCCUGGGCUCCAAAGGUGCCUCCUUUAACCAAUGGGACCAAAAACAGCUCCGACAAAUUACCCGGCCAAACAAAAGAUUCUAUUUGGAGAUCUGACAACGAACUCGUGGAUGGAUUGUAUGUUCCUCCUGCUGAUCCGCGAAAGUUGAAUAAAUUGCUGAAGAAAAAUGUUAAAGACACUGCUGGUGGAAGCUGGUUUGAUAUGCCUGCUCCUACUAUCACUCCGGAGUUAAAGAAAGAUCUUGAGAUUCUCAAGCUAAGGAGUGCUAUCGAUCCAAAGAGGCACUUCAAAAGGGGAGAGAAGUCCAAGACCCUCCCGAAGUAUUUUCAGGUGGGUACUGUUAUUGAACCUGCAUCUGAGUUCUUCUCGGGGAGGCUGACAAAGAAAGAGAGGAAGGCAACAUUGGCAGAUGAACUGCUAUCUGAUCAUACCUUUAAGGCUUAUAGAAAACGUAAGGUCCAAGAAAUUGAGGAGCAACAUCAACCUGGUGGUGUUGAUAAGUGGAAGAUUAAGGGUCGACAGACGUGGAAACGGGCCAAGCAAAGAAGGGAAAAAGCUGGUCAUUAAGCUGAUUGUUUGGAUUAAAGAGAACAGACUGAUCAGUAAGAUGGAGAAACUUUUUCUCUCUUUUCCUUUUUCUCUUCUUCCCUUUUUUUGGGAAGCAGCAGUGUCAUGGCAGAGUUGGAGGAUAUAUGCCAAGGUUAUUAUCUGGAGGAGCCAUUGUGUAUCUAAAAUUUACAGCCCUGUUUAGCAUCUAAUUGACAGUAGCAGAAUGUGUGAAAUCUAUGAUUGUUAUUGGAGUAGAGAGGAUUACAGACUCCAUUUCAUUCCUGUGGGGAACUGCAUCUUGGUCGAUCCUUGCUUGAGAUUUUUUUUUCCGCUUUUCAUGCUGCACAAUUCAUUCAAAUUUUUCAGAUGAUCACUCUUGUAUGAUUCUUGCACAUAUCUUGUUCUAUCA